CGCGGGGUGAGGCCCAUUGUUGGACGUUGCCCGAGGAGGAGGAGGAUGGCGGCGAUGGCCGGAGCUAGGGCCGGGGCGAGGGCAAGGGCUGGUGCUCUGCUCCCUCCUCCCAGUGCCGCCGCGUCAGAUCUGUCUGCACACAAAACCUCAAACGCAGAUUCACGAAAGGUGAUCCUGCCCUUACCCAGGGCUAGCAACAGAGGCCGAGCUUCAGCCUGCAAACAGGAGCAGCGAAAGGGUAGAUCAAGAGUGACCAUGCGGCUGGAAAAGUCACCGAAGCCGGAGAGCAGUGAGGAGGGGCCUAGCGAUGAGGAGGCUGCAGACCCUGAUGCUCUUUCAACAACAACUUCACCUGGAACACCGUCCGAGAGCGGCGAGGAGGACACUGUGGACCCUGAAACUCUUUCAGCUCCAUCUUCUCCGGAUGCACAGUCCGAGAGCGGCGAGGAGGAUACUGUAGACCCUGAGGCUCUUUCAGCUCCGUCUUCUCCGGAAGCAGAUUCCGAGGCCGAGAGCGGUGAGGAGGGUUCAAGUGAUGGCCCUGAAGAUGCAGAACAGACAGAGUCCCAGAACAGGGCACUAGAACGCGAGACUAUGGAGAAGGGCAAGUCGGCACAGCCGUCACCGUGCCCCAAUGCUGCCAAUUGCCAAUUGGACUCGGCACGCCCUGUUUUCCCCCGAUCCCUGAAAGCUGGCGAGGGUUUUGUGUGCACCGUCUGCGGGAAGCGGUUCAAGACCCUGGUGUGGAUGGAGAAGCACCGCGACACGCACACGCGGGGCCGCGUGUUCCAGUGUUCCGACUGCGGCAAGAGUUUCAACCAGCUGCACAGCCUGAGGAACCAUUGCAACCUGCACAGCCACGAGAAGCCGUACACGUGCUCUAUCUGCGACCGCACCUUCAGCGGCUCUGACAGCCUCAUGAUGCACAAGUGCGCGGAUGCCGGCGAGCAGCCCUACAAGUGCGGGGUCUGCGGCAAGGGCUUCAGCUACCCGUCCAAGCUGGAGACCCACUGGCGCAGCCACACCGGCGAGCGGCCCUUCAGCUGCUCGGUGUGUGGCAAGCGCUUCACCCAGACGUCCAACCUGCUGACCCACCAACGCAUCCACUCGGGCGAGCGGCCCUUCACGUGCUCGGUGUGCGGUAAGGGCUUCACCGGUUCGUCCAACCUGCAGAUCCACCAGCGCACGCACACCGGCGAGCGGCCUUUCAACUGCACGCUGUGCGGCAAGGAGUUCACCCAGGCUUCCAGCCUGCUCACCCACCAGCGCAUCCACACCGGCGAGCGGCCCUUCACCUGCUCCAUGUGCGGCAAGGGCUUCACCCGCAGCUCCCACCUGCUCACCCACCAGCGCAUCCACACCGGCGAGCGGCCCUUCACAUGUGGCGUCUGCGGCAAGGGCUUCACCCGCAGCUCCCACCUGGUCACCCACCGGCGGGUGCACACCGACGCCCGGCCCUUCAAGUGCCCCGACUGCGGCAAGACCUUCAAGGGCUCGGAGGAGCUGGUCAAACACCAGCGGGUGCACACCGACGAGCGGCCCUGCGGCUGCCCGCUGUGCGGCAAGCGCUUUCGUCAGCUUUCCCACCUGCUGACCCACCAGCGGGUGCACACCGGCGAGCGGCCCUUCGCCUGCCCCAUCUGCAACAAGGAGUUCACCCAGUCCUCCCACCUGCUGCGACACCAGCGGCUGCACGCCGGUGGGCAGCGGCCCUUCAUCUGCUCCGCCUGCGGCAAGGGCUUUGCCCAGUGGCCGGAGCUGCUGGCCCACCAGUGCGCGGUGCCUGGUCAGCCGCAGCCAGCCUCCGAACCCGUGGUGUACGUGCAGUUCCAGGUGGAGCCCAAAUUGGAAGGAGUAGAAUGCACAACCUACAUGAGUGAUGGCCAGGUCAUUGACAGUCAAGAGUCCCAUAUAUUGUGUUGGGGGAGAGAUCUUGGACCAACAGCAGUCUUCCCGGUUAUUAGCACCUCAUCCAGUAAAAUGGCGAGCUGGGGUAGCCCUUGUAAAAUGUUCUCUCUCGUCUUCUGGAAAAUGGCACAUGUUGACGAUACCCCAAAAGGCAGUAUCGUAUACGGAGGCGGAUGUACCGCCUCCAAUUGUAGGGCCGGAGCUGUACUGGUAGAGCAAUUCUCGUAUUCCCAGGUGACUGUGUAUGAAGUGUGUCGUGACUGCAUUUGCCUCCUUUACACUUUCAGGAUGUCGGAAGAGGAGGAUUUUCGGGAGCCGCAUACGUCCCAAGCCUUGAAGCUGAGAGUUGCCGGGCCAGAGAAGAUGGAGCCAAGGCAGACCAGUGAGAAGCCGUAUCCGUGCUCACUGUGCGACUGUGCCUUCAGCCGUUUGUCCAACCUCAACAUACACAUGCGCAGUCACACCGGCCAGCAGCCCUACAAGUGUAGUGACUGCGGCAAGGGCUUUAACUACCCGUCAGAGCUUGAGACCCACCGGCGCAGCCACACCGGCGAGAGACUCUUCAGCUGCCUGGUGUGUGGCAAGCGCUUCACUCGCAGCUCCCACCUACUAACCCACCGGCCGGUGCAUACCGGCGAGCGGCCCUUCACCUGCUCAGUGUGCGGCAAGGGCUUCACCCAGUCUUCCCACCUCCUGACGCACCGGCACAUUCACACCGGCGAGCGGCCCUUCCGCUGCGCCAUCUGUGGCAAGGGCUUCACGCAGAUGUCCAACCAGUUGCGGCACCAGCGGGUGCACGCCGGCGAACGGCCCUUUCUCUGCUCGCUCUGUGGCCGGACCUUCACCCAGUCCUCCACCCUGCUGCGGCACCAACGCACCCACACCGGCGAGCGGCCCUUCCCCUGCCCAGUCUGCGGCAAGGGCUUCACCCGCAGCUCCCACCUGCUCACCCACCAGCGGGUGCACACUGGUGAGCGCGCAGCCCCACGGGGGGCUGGGAGCCCGGUCAGGACAGGCUGGGAAAAGGGGCCCAGCAUCAGCUGGGAGGACUGGCACGGGAGCAGGCUGUGCCCGGAGGCACCAGCAGGUGAGCCUGGAGCACACUGGCAGAGGGAGCGGUGGGCAUGGGGGCAUUGA